GAGGAUGCUUGUCGGCCUUUUGAAUAACCACUUAUGUGAACCCUGGAAGAGAGAAAGAAUGUGAAACGCAGCAGAAUACAGUCGCUCGGUUGCCAUGGGUACGCUUCUCGUUUCUCUACAGCACAUGCGGCGCGAAAGAUAUUUACAGUAUCAUUUGGAGAUGAAGGCCAUUUGCAUAUGGCACACUUUCAGUGCAGCUAUUAAACCUUUGUGUUGUGAACACAAAAGAUAAUAUUUUGAAGAACAUUGAUCAGCAAACAACACUGAACCCCAUUGACUUCCACUGAGAAGUCUGAGAUAUUCUCAAAAUAUCUUCAGUUUUAGCAUGACAUGAGGAUGACCAAAGGAUGACAGAACAUUUAUUUUUGGUUGAACUAUCCCUUUACCAACUUCAGUAAUGUGCCCGCAAGUUGUCUUGAUGAUUAUAAACAGCUUGAUAGUAUAGAUUCUGAUAUAAUGUUCCAGUUCUGAUCGUAGUGCAGGUAGUGUUGUGUUAGUGCUCUUAAAUAACAUUGUUCUAUCGUUUCUAUGUCACGUCUUGCUGGUUUGAAUCUUCAGUUAAUGUUUCCUGGAAAACACUUUUAUUUGCUUUCACAGAGCACUGUAAUGCAUCGUUCUGUCACGGCGCUAAAAAAAGUUCUGCGCGCUAUCGAAUCGCAUGCAAAUGUGUUGAGAAUUUCUGCCGGUCAGCAGAUUCUUGCGUCUUAGACGGUGGAAAAGCCGAGCGGCGGUAUGGAAAACCCGCUGGGACAGACCGUCGUAUUUAUAGAGAGAGGAGAAGCUUAACCUUUAGGGCUCGUGAAAAAUCCUUCCUUCCAGGACCGUACGUAACGCUGGAUACAGAACGCCGCAGUGACCCGAGAACGAUAUAUAUAGCCGUAAGGAUUCCAGCGUGUAUUUUCAAGUCUGCGCCUGUCAGCGUGCCCUAACAGGCUCUUAUGUGUCUGUCAUAAACCUGAGAAACGAUUGUCAUGUUUAUGCUGGCCAUUCAUUUGCAUUGUUGAGAUGGCGUAAAACACAUAACAAGAAUGUUUGAUUUAUCUAACGUACAGUUGCUUGAUGAAGAAGCUUGUGUCAACUAUAACGCCCCCUUUAGGAUUGAGAGCUUGCAGACAACACGACGAGUGUUGCAUGAAACAUGUUUUGGGUUUGUGUAUUAGCUAUAGUAACUUAGCGUUUAUAAUGUCCAAAGUAUGGAAUGCUACUGCAUAGACUGUAAUGACGACACCGUGUCAUGUUCUCCGCCUCAUCAACACUGGACGCAGUUGUCUUCCCCCAAUGUAACGUAAGAUGCUGGUCACUACAUGUCAAAUAUUUUUAGCUGUGCAAAUUGUAUUGUGUUGAAUGGUCAAGGGUACAGGCCAUCCGACCAUCCUGAACUGAACUUCUUUUCGUUUACUGUAAAAUAUCGUACGCUUCAAAAUGUCUCAUUUGUCUCAUUUUCCAAAUCUGCAAAAUUUCCCAGCAUCCAACGAGAAGAGGCGGAGCUUGAUUUCAUUCCUCUGGAUUUGAUUGGAUCGUAGAAAUUGGGCGUUCCCUACCAGCAGGUGGUUGUGGGGAUUAAUACAUCUUUCCUUUUCAAUGACAUCACUUCAUGAGCUGUGCGGGGAUUAUGUCAUUCGGUGAAGCUGUCUGUCAUUUCAAUCAAAAAUGCAUACAAAAGGUUUAAUUCUACCCCCUGCAAGAUGUUUUUACAGGCAGUCUCCGAGUUCUCUUUCACGCUGAUGACAAAGUGGCCUCCUGUGUGGGCCGUUGCGUAACCCUUCAGAGGGCCCCUUUUCUAUUUUUGUUCCUGGAUACGCAUCUCAGUGAGGUAUUUUCUGUGGCGAGUCGCUAGCAUCAGUAGAUCUAACGUACUCUCAUUGAGCAAGACAUGGAGGACUGCUGGGUUGUAUUUUCGCCACAUUCGGCCUUUUUGAAGGUGAUGCGCUGCAACGCCGGAUGCAGGAAUUAUGAGAACAUCUGCUUUUGACUGGAGAUACUGGACUGUGGACCGCAGUUCGUGACGGCCUUUACAUCCAUCACAACCUUCAGACAGACAUAGAGAUGGCGCUGGCAGUUUGCCUUCAUAAACACGCCACUCCGUUCAGGAUGACUUGGAUGUGGUGGCCAGUCUUAAAUCUACAUAGAGAUGAAGAACAUUUUUAAACAACUGGACUGAACCGUGCUUUUAAGCAUGUGGAAAAGAUUACUCCACCUGUUGUUGGGCUGACCAUUGGACUACAAUCACAGAUAAUUGUUUAAAGGAUUAAGACAAAGAUAAAACAAACUUUCAUUGAGUCAAGAUGAUUCUAGUUCUGACCAAACUUAGAGCCAUGUAGCAACUGUUAUAAAAGAGACAUCUUUACCAUGGAGGCCACAAAAACCUCAGGUAACUCAAAGCGCUCCGAGCAGAUGAGCAGUUUCAAAGAUGACAAAAAAGACUUGUCAUUUGAGAUGACCCAAAGAGGCCAAUCCUCAGGCUCGGAGGACAAAAUAAAAGUGGCAGAGCAAACUCGGACAGCAGAUGUAAGUCCAUCUCCUGGUAUGGACUCCGAGGCCCUCGCUUCAGAAAAUACCUCAAAAUCUAGAGAACAGUGUCACAUUCGUCUAAGAAGAAAGACUUGUUCUAUCCCAAACAAACUAUCAGAGUAUGAUCUUCAGCUGUCAGAGGGUCUGCACAAAAAAGAGCAGAAAUCUGCAAAGACCGGAAAGUAUGUAUGCCAGUAUUGUGGAAGAGCCUGUGCCAAACCCAGUGUAUUGAAGAAACACAUCCGUUCUCAUACGGGUGAACGUCCAUAUCCGUGUAUUCCAUGUGGAUUCUCGUUUAAAACCAAGAGCAACCUGUACAAACACAGAAAAUCUCACACACAUGCAGUGAAAGCAGGAAUGGUUCCAUAUUCAGAACAAGACAGCGAGCAUGUGGAUGAAGAGUCGGCGGUCGUGGCGGGUGAGAUGCAUUCGGAUGCCGAGCAGAGUACCGAUACUGAUGAAGAGGCUGUGGAGGAGUCGUCCUUGGUUACAACGACCCAUGUCAAAGACACAGAGAGUUUCAUUCAAGAAAAGGGUGAAAAACUAGCAAAAAAAGAAGACGUCAUGCUUUCCACCCCAAGUUCACUCAAAGGGGAAACUACAUUGGGAAAAGUGACUUUAUGGCAGUUUCGAGAAAUGAUGGCGCCACCUGCGAUAGCUCAGGUGGACAAGAUGGUGGAGUUUUCCACCAUCAAGCAAAGACUGGCACUCAGGCUGUCAGAGAAGAAAAGUCAAGACUCUGAACAUUCUCUUUCCCUGCCCAGUUCCUACAGUAAAGGUAGCACCGAUUCUGGAUACUUCUCACGUUCUGAGAGUGCCGAACAACAGUUCAACCCGUCAAGCUCAAGUGCCAAGUCAUAUCAAGAAAUCAUGUUUGGGAAAUGUUACAGACCGACCACCAGGCCGAAGCAAUCCAUCACCGUACAGACCUGCAUGAUGGACAUAAAUGAAGCCACGUCAAGUUUUAUGAUUAAACUAAACAAAAGCAUGAAGCUUGGCGACGCAGAAUCCUGCAUACGCCAGAGCAAGAAAGAUCUGGUCCGUUCGCUAAAAUUUGAUUCUGAGUCUUUCCAAGAGGAAGAUUACCAAGAAUGUCAAAUUCCUGAUACGUAUAGCUCGGAUCUUCUGGAAACGCCAUUAGAGAGUACCAUGUUCUUACGCAGUAACUCUCUUCCAACUUCAACUAAUUCAAAUCUGAACGCACCACAAGGACUAAAAAGCAGUAAUUCAUUUGAUGAAAGAAUGUCUGGUGGGGAUGUCACUUACCGGGGAGCAGUGGGUAUAAGAAGACUCAUGCGUCAAGGUGCGUUUGAACACUCUGCUAAUGAGGGACAUGCAGAAUCAGACUGUAACGCUCACCUGGCUUGUAGCCUGAAAUCAGAGUUAAAAAUACACAAUGUGGAAGAUUCAAAAAUGGCAGCUGAAAACUAUCAAGAAGCAGAGAUGUGCACGGCCUCUCAAAGCCAGUUGUCAGAAGCAUCCACAAGAAAAAGACGAAAAGACAAAAGUGUCAUAGAGGAAGAAGACUUUCAUGUAUCUGAAACCAAGGAAAGUGGUUUAGAGACUGCCCACUCUGAGACUGAGAGAAGAGCUGGCUGCAAUGUUAUCUCUGUAAUUCAGCAUACAAAUAAAUUAAACUGGUCAAACAUCUCAGAAAAACCAACAGAUAUUAGAUCACAUACCUCAGACAAAAUUGCUAUUUGUAAAUUUACAGAGCAUAGCGUAGAGGGUUUCAGAAAUGACACAAAUCGCAGCUCGGAAAGAAUAGAUUGGAAAUGGGGUAGCAGUGUAAACCAGAAACCUCACAUUAUAAAGCAACCGUCAUCUCAGUCCAGUAUCCAAGUGCCUGAGAUUAGAGUAACCGUGGAACCUGACAGACCGGAAAAGGUUCCAGAUCAAGCGUGCGUUAAGCAACGAGAAAAGCACACCGAAGAGUUCCAAUGGCCACAAAGGAGCGAGACACUUUCACAGUUUCCAGUGGAAAAACUACCACCCAAAAAGAAACGCCUGCGAUUAGCAGAGAUGGAAUGUUCUUCAGGUGAAUCAAGUUUUGAAUCCGCUUGCACAAGUCUCUCCAGGAGUCCGAGUCAAGAUAGCAAUUUGUCCUACAGCUCAAGCUUCUCGCAGUCGCUUGACAGAGAGGAGAUCCUUAAUGUUGCAUCUCAGAGCAAUUCAGAUGAGUAUAAUAAGCCAUUAGAGUUCUUAUCGGUUCCAGCAAUUUCGCAGAGUCGUCACAGAGAAAUGCGACGCUCUGCGUCGGAGCAGGCACCCUAUAACUUACCCGCAGAUGUUUCUGAAUUUAGAAGCAAGUCAUUUGACUAUGGCAGUCUGUCUCCAUCAUCUACAUGUAGGCAGGAGGAUGUUAAAGAAUGUAGAAGGGGCUUCUUAGUUAGACAGGCAUCUUUAAGUGGCGAACCAGAUGUGGUGCAGGACAAAUCUUUAAAUGUAGAUGUGACAAAAGAUGUCACAUUUUCAGAUGAAGUUAACAGGAGACAAACAUCAACAAUUGAAAGAAUUAGAUUUUCUGGCUCCCGAUUUCAACAACACAAACCAGUUGGCCCAGUGCAAACUUCAUCUGAGAAGCAUUACAGUCAAACCAAUGUUUGCCACAUUCAGGACAUUGAUAGCGUAACGCAUCAAAUCAAAAAGGAACCUGAGGGUUUCCAGGCAGAUGAAACUUAUAUCAGCUUAAGGAACCCCCAAGAAGAUUGUUCAAGAAGCUUGGGCAAUGUUUUGUCCACAAUAGCAGUGCUUUCUCACGCUCAACAAGCAUUAGCCAGUCAAAGGAUGUCUAGUUUACUAGUUCCCGUCAGAAUUCAGAUGCAGGUGCCAUCCUAUGGAAGCAUAACGUACACUAGUAUAUCUCACAUUCUGGAUUCUCAAACGCAAAAUCCCGUCUCAUGUGUAGAACACAAGAAAUCCAUCAGUGAGAGUUUCACCACCGUCAUGCCUCGCAAUAAUACAGGAUGCGAACAGUCUCAAAUGUCAGGGCAAGGUAGGGGACGAUUGUGCAGCCCGCAGGCAUCACCAGCAAAGCUUAAUACAGGCAUACCUUUAUCAUUAACUUCCAAAACCAUCUCAACUACAGAGGCCCCUAGUGGUGGAGCAAACAAGCGCAUGCUUUCUCCCGCAAGCAGCAUUGAGCUUUUCAUUGAAGCAAAGCAGCAAAAACGAGUUAAAGAUGAGAACAUUUAUGGCCAGAUUGUUAAAGAGCUCAGUGCUGUGGAGUUAGGAAAUCUCGAAGGUGAGAAAGAUCGUCCCAAGGAAGGGUUUCAAUCAGCAAUUACCCAGAAGCCACGGAAACUCAGCGAGGAGGUAGAUAUGGAUGAGGUUAACCUAGAUUCAUACCACAAUCUAAAAUUACAAUCUCCUGCCAGUUUUGCUCAAAAUGCUCCUAUGAUGGAAUGCAAACCAACACCUACUCAUACUGAGAUCACUGGUGCUUUACUUUCCCCCAAGUUUCCUGGUCUUCAUACCACUACUUGUGUGAGCUGGUGCCAUCUUAAUUCCACCAAACCGAACAGCACCCAAACAGCUGCACAGUUCUCAGAGUACGCCUCUUGGUUAGUGAGAUGCCAUAACCCCAAUCCGCCCAGUCUUAGCACGGGGAUGGUCCUUGCUCUUCUCCGAUCUAAACAGGGGAGACAAAACAUUGUUUAUACAAUCGCUACCAUGUAUCAACCCGGAUUACUUGUAACCUCCACCCCAUGGAGACCAAAACAGGAACAGGUAACUCUGGAAUGCAACGAUGAAGAGAUGAAGCAUGAUGUAAGAUUAAGAGACAUUGGCCAGAGGUGCAAAUCCUUACGAGAGGACGUUGCGUCAUCUGCACGUCAACCAGAACCGACUCGUGUAAAGAUUUUUGAAGGAGGAUAUAAGUCUAAUGAGGACUACGUGUACGUGAGGGGCCGUGGCAGGGGAAAGUAUAUUUGUGAAGAGUGUGGCAUUCGUUGUAAGAAGCCGAGCAUGCUCAAGAAACACAUCCGAACUCACACAGAUGUCAGACCUUAUGUCUGCAAAUGCUGCAAUUUCGCCUUUAAAACGAAAGGGAAUCUCACCAAGCAUAUGAAGUCAAAGUCUCACAUGAAAAAAUGUCUCGAACUGGGAGUUUCACCCACUGCCAUCGACAAUACAGAAGAUGCAGAUGACGUCCAGAAGUCCUUAGGUACCAGGCCAGUGGACACAACCAUUAAACAUCAGUUUUCAGAUGUGGAGGACUCGGAUGAGGAUGGUGAUGAGCUGGACGAUGAGGAAGACGAUGAAUGCGAUGGUGAUUCUACACCAAAAACGCUGUCCAGAAGCACAAGUCCUCAGCCCUAUGCAGUCAACAAGCCAUUUUCAUCCAGCCGUGCCACUAAACAUCCCAACACGAGUCGCAAUCCACCGAAGGAACAGCUUGAAGUUUCCUUACCAGGUUUUGAAGAUGAUCUCACUUUGGAGCAGUCAAGCCCUUAUUCUGAGCUCUGUCCACCUCAGCUGCUGUCACCUUGUUGGGACUCACCUCGCCAGAGGUACAUGUUGUCAAGCCGGGACUCGUCUCCCCUGAGAGCUGUUUCUCCAAGAAGAGAUCUGAGCAUCAGAGGGGAUUUCUCACCUCUUCGGCAGCUCUUGCCUGUAAGACCUGCAGGUUCUGAGCCAAAUGGGCAGCGAGCGCAGUCUCCGCUGGGUCGAAAUAAAGGGGUUCUCAUGGCCGCGUCUCCACGCAGGGGCUCUUACCAGUACAGGGCCCAUGUGGAUCAGGGAAGGAGUGUGAGAUUUCAAACUACACCCCAUAGACCAGCCGUUGGAGUGCUCUCAGAUAUGGGAACGGAUCGAGAAGAUUCUCCUCUGUAUGUUCCUGUAGGCCUAUGCGGCCGAAAAAAUCCCUCCACCACCCUGCAGCCAGACAUCCUCAGUCAUUUACCUUUGCACUCCCAAGGACCGGUGCCAACACCUGUUCCAAUGAUCCCUAUUGGAGGGUUAAGGAUGCCCUCCACAUCAUCAACACCCGGUGCUGCUGGGGAAAGAAAUUCCCUCCCAUCACCCCCACAAGGGAACAUAUUAGAAAGGGCUAGUUCCGGCCGCACCUCAGCCCCCGUCCCUGAUCCUGGAUCAGCCAGCCGCGGAGAGCCUCACGCUAGCCUUCCUAACAAAGACGAUAAAAAGGAAGAGAGCGUCUCCAUCUGUGCGAAAGCUAUCGCGUCUCUCAGAAUAACAUCUGAAGAUGUUACCGAUCAAACUCCUAAAAGUUGAUGUGUUAGCAUUGUACGGACACAUUCAGAAGCGAAACUGAAUUCAAGCUUAGGCCGGAAACAUCAAGUAUGCAAACGUGGAUGGAAUGCUUGGUCGACCCAUUGCGAGUGCAGUAAUGUUGAAUAAACUGACUGUAUGAACUGCAUCGUUCUGCUGGCAACCAACCUCCCUUCAGAGUUACUGUACCUUUAAAUGUCUGUGCCAUGAAACCGGAUGUGUUAUUCAGGUAAUUUACUAUGAACAUAUCGACAAACGAUCUCUUUAAACCGUUGCCUCAUCAUGAUUAAUGAUUAAUCCACCAGUUGUGGACCUGUAGGAUACCGUAACCCCUUGCGGGAAUGCAUACUUGGGUGUCAUUAUGAAUUGCGGUCUUACAGUAGGCAAUCAUCGAGUGCUCAAAUUCCCUGCUGCCAGGUGCUGUAAAUACAUUUAGAUGAACGGGAAUGCAUUUUAAAAUGCAAGACAUUGUGUUUAUAGCCCGAAGCAUUUGCAUUCAUGUAUUCCUGUUUCACAGUCUGACCACGAUUCUAUGGAGUUUUUGUGCUGUAGAAUCAAAUAAUGCGCAGAAUAUGCACAGCAACUCGCAAACUACGUUCUUUCAGCCUCUCGUAAUAAUCUCAGCUGUUAAUAUUAAUUGAAUAAGAUGCAUGUACAUAACACAUGCAAGAGAGAGAUCAAUGUUUUCCUGCAGGACAUUGAGUAACAAAAUGUUGCCAUUCUUACAGGAAUCGUCUUCAUCGACCUUUGCUUUGUGCCUUUUAAGAACACGUCUGCGUAUUGCUCGAUGAGAGGCGGUCAUUUCUGCACUUACUUGUGAUGGUUGUAAAGUUAAACUAUUAUGAGGUGUUGUGGUUGCUUUAAAGAUUGCACUUAUUACGUAUGCUAAAGUUUGCAUAUCGCAUUCAGCUGUCCUAUAAUGUUGCCUUUGCUGUUGUAUAUUAUCGCUGGCACCUUUUGAACUUAAUUACGUAACAUGCUUUCAAAAAUAUUAUCAAUCUUUUAACGACCCUUUUGUUGAAAACGUCUUCACCGUAUAGUAUUUUUCUAAAUGUACCAUACCUCGUUUCUUUAAUCUUUAGGGUUUUCGGCACUUACAGUAUGUAACAAAAUGCCAUUAGAAGCAAUUUAUAAUGUAGGCCUAGAUCUGCGUAUGAUAUCAUAGUAUAUUCUAAGUAGUAAGUAUUAUGCGUUAAGAUGACUAACUGAAGCACUUUCUAGCAAGUUGAUAGACUGAAUGCCAUGUCAUCAAUAUCGGAGCUAUGUUGAAGCGUUUUAGACGAGGAUUUUUAAUUGAAUUUAUUAUAUGGCACAACAUUCCAGUGUUUAGUCAAUUAUGUGUGUGCACACGUGCACAUGUAGACGUAUGACUGCUAUCAUGUACUGUAAUUGCUUUGAGGAGUGUUGAAGCAUACAAAUGUAAAUGAUCUGAAGGAUUUUUUUUGCUUUUUUGGGUUGAUGGUGAAUAUUAGACUGUUUGAAUGUAUGAAACUAAGUCAUAUUCAAUUUCUUUAAAGGAGGUAUGAGUGCUAUCUCAUGUUAAACAUAUUGAUAUGUGAAGUAGCAAUUGAAGCUGGUGACACUUCAUAAUAAGGUCGUGUAUGUUAACAUUAGUUUAUGGAAUAUUUAACAUGAAAUGGCAUUGAACAAUACUUUUACAGCAUCUAUUAAUCUUGGCUAUUUUUACAUAUUAAAACAUUUUUAAAGUAAAAAGGGUGUACUGUAUGUUCACCAAUGCAAUAUAAACUUGAAUGAACUAACAAUAAACAAUUGUAUACUUAUAAGAUUAAUAAAUGUUGUAGAAAUGUUUUGUUCAUGAAAUCCAGUGCAUAUGUUAACAUAUUGAACCCAUUUGUGAAGUGUUAGCGCAAAGCUCCAUUUCACUUCUUGGUAUUUAUUUUAAAGUCUGGGAGUUACAAACACUGAAAUGGUGAAGUAGUAGUGAAACUGACUUUAUACUGAAUGAACUUUCAUGUCAUGUUUACAGUAUUACAUAUUUAAGACUUUGAGGUAUUUUAGUAAUUGUGUUAUUUAAAAUGUUUUAUCGAUAUGUUUUGUUUUUGCCCACAAAGGCAGCUGAUUUAUCAUUUAAUUGUUUUAUUCUGAUUAAAAGAUGUCCUUUAGAAAAUAUGAUA